CGUGCGUGUGAGGAGACCGCGUGUUGUUGCAUGUUGAAGGCAACAUGUCCUAUCGCAUUCUGCGCAAGCUGCAGGGCAAUGCAGAGCUGGAGAUAAAGGAACAGAUCGAUGAGGUGUCGGAUGGUGGCGAUGCCGAUUACGACACCAACAGCACCAGCAGUCAGAACCGCACGAACAGCAAGAAGCAGCUUAACAUCAAUCGAUACGAUCUGCUAAACCAGCAACAGUCACUGUCGGAAAGUGAAGUCAAAGAGGACGAUAACGAUGAAACGGAAAAGGAUGUAGCGGACGGGCCAGUCAGUAUGCAUCUAGCCGGCGAGGCGAAGAAGCGCAAGAAAAAGAAGAAGAAGAAGACGGGCAAAUACAUCUCCAGCUCGGCACGGCGCAGCAGCGAGGACAAUGCCGACAUUGAGGAUGAAUUUACGCGCACGGUAAAGGAGGUGGACAAGCUGUUUGGCAAUUUCCCGCGUGAUUCGGAUCACCCUCAUCAUCAUCAUCAUCACCAUUCGCACCACCAUCAGCAGUCGGUCGGUGGUGAUGGGAAGCCGGUGGUGGGACCGGUUGGUGCCGGCCUCACCGCUAAAUCGUUGCUGAAUGUGCAGCACAAAAAUCUGAACCCGCAGUACGAGAUGAAGCGCAUGUUCGGCAGCAAGGUCGUCGGUGAUCAACAGAACAAGCGACGCAAUGCCCGCGGAGCAUCCCGGCUGCAAAAGUCCACCUAUCUGGUGAACCCGAAAGACUCCUGGCCCCCGGUGGGAAAGUCCGGCAUCUAUAUGAACCUCGUGCAGGCACCGGAGCCAACCACCUCCACGUCCACCACCGGUCCGAAAGCGAUCUUCGACAAGAACGUCAUCUACUUCGCGUUCGAGCACAGUCCCUCGUACCGGCAGGUGCAGCAAAAGUUCCUCGACGCCGUGGAAAGCAUGGACUCGGAGAACAUCAUUCACAUUAUCAAUCAGUACCCGUACCACGUCGAUUCGCUCAUCCAGCUGAGCGAACUGUGCAAAAUGACGGACGAUCACGCGAUGGCAUCGGAACUGAUCGAGCGGGCACUGCUCGCCCUCGAGUCGUCCUUUCACACCAUGUUUAGCCUGACGCAGGGCAACUGCCGGUUGGACUAUAGGCGGCAGGAAAAUCGUGCACUGUUCAUUACGCUUUUCAAACACUCGCAGCAUCUAGAAUCGAGAGCUUGCUCACGGACCGCACUGGAAGUUGCCAAACUGAUACUCUCGUUCGAUCCGAUCAAUGAUCCACUGGCGAUGAUCCUGAUCGUCGAUUAUUACGCGAUUCGAGCGAAACAGUACGAGUGGUUGGUGACGCUCUACGAAGAAUGGGACGCAACGAACAAUCUAUCCCAGCUACCGAACAUGGCGUACUCGUACGCGAUGGCGCUCUUCCAUCUGAAGCGCCCGGAAGCGGCCGAUAAAGCGUUGCAGUACGCGCUGCUAAUGUUUCCGGGCGUUUUGCGUCCGCUGAUGGAUGAACUGUCGAUACAGGCGGAUAGCCGGGUGGCUGGCCACAAUUACUUUGGACCGGGCGCGUACAAUAAAUCGUUGGUAGCGCUGCAGCAACUGAUGUCGCUGUACGUUUGUCGCUCGAAGUUGGUGUGGCGUGAUGCGGAACUGUUGCCAUGGUUGGAACGCAAUGUGAAUGCGGUACUGGAUCGGGUCGAUGCCAAAGAGGACGUUGUGGCAGAGUAUGCAACCAAACGGAGUCAAAGGUAUGCGAAUCCACCACGGCAAGUGCUGCGCCAUAUUGUGCUGUCGGAUUUUAAGGAAAAGGUUCCACUGGCUCAGUUUAUUAAGAAGGAAAGUGAUCCAAUGCUGAUGUACGACCCGCUGCCACCACUGGACUCGAUCAACAUUUACACCAGACCUACCGUGACGUCGAGCAGCAGUCGCCUUUCAAACGAUCCGCUGCAUCUUUUCUUUCAAUCACUGCUUCCCAACUUUAACGCUCAAGCCCAACCUGCUCCACCAGCAGCUGCUGCCCAACAACCACAGCAAGCUAAUAAUGCUGCUGCUGGUGGUGCUGUUGCCGGUCCUGCUGCCGCAGGUCCCGCUGCUGCUGGCCCUGCUGCUGCUGCUGCAGCUGCCGCAGCCGCCGCCGCCGGUGCCCCUGACUGGGACUUGGGCAGCAUGGGCGCGUACAGCACUACGCUCGUCACGAUCGUGGAAGCGAUGCGCGAGUUUCUGUCCGGCAUUCGUGCGCUCGAGCGACCAAACGAUGCCGACGUGGACGAAGCGGAAAGCAGCGAAGAGGACGAACCGAACGAUUUUCUGAUGUAA